AUGGACUCAACUGACUGCGACUCGGGCUCCGACUUGAGUUCAAUGUCAGACUCCACUGUGGGCGACGGCCCAUCAGCAAGCAGCUGCACCCUGCAGUCCUGCCGCUCCAAGGCCUGUGACAUCGACUGCUGCGAAGGAGACCCCAGCCGACCUCCGUACACCAGGGUCAUGCCGGAGGAUCGGCGGUACGGGGUCGUCUUCAGCAACGAGGAGAAUCCCUGCUGCUGUGACUUCAGUUGCGUCCUGCAGUUCCUCCUCAAGUGCUUCCACAUGUUUGAGGAUGAUGUGGCUUUCCUGCGCUUUAGCGAUUGCUCCGCGGCGGAGAACUUCGAUUGCAACUUGCUGAUGGUCGGAAGGGACGAUCGGACGAAGGACUGGCUGAUCCAGCAGACCAGGGCGAUCUGCCCGCCCUUCAGGGUGACCUCCUUCAUCCGCCACUUCGAGUUGGUUAAGGUGACUUUCGUAAUACCGAAGGUGGUGGACGCUCGCCUCUGCCGCAUAUUCAACCUCUUUGAGAAGCAGAACUGCGGACUGGAAACCGGCAAGUGGUGCGUGGUGAACCAGACCCUCCUGGAUGAGUGCAGCGAGGAGUACCAGUCGAAGGUGGUGUACCCCGAGGCCGAGAAUGUGGAGGUCACGGCGUACAUAGACGCGGAGAGCGUGGACAUCAUCAAGAACAAUUGCUCCAGGAUCUGCUACCUUGUGUUCCACCUUCCGGUCGACUUUUGUCCUCAUGUCUAG